AGCGGGCGGCGGCGGACCGAAAGCCGGAGACCGGCGCCGCGGGACGGAAGCGAGCGGGCGCGGGCGCCGCGCAGAUGGCCGGGGCGAGCGAGAUCUGAGUCUCUGCUCCCCGAAACGUGACCAUGUGGAUUCAACAGCUUUUAGGACUCAGUUCCAUGUUCAUCCGCUGGCCCGGCUGCUCUCUAGGAAGCCAUGCUUGGAUCCUUAUAGCCAUGUUUCAGCUCGCCCUGGAUCUGCCCGCGUGUGAGUCCCUGGGCCCGGGCCCCGAGUUCCGGCUGCUGCCCCGGCUGCCCCACCGGCCGCCCCGCUUGUGGAGUUUUAAGAGCGGACAGCCCGCCCGGGUCCCAGCGCCCGUGUGGAGCCCCCGGCCGCCCCGCUUGGAGCGUGGUCACAGUCACGGGCAGAUGCUGAGUCCCCGGGCCCGACGGGCGCACAGACCCAGGGACCAGGUGGCCGCUCUGGGGCCCAAAGGGGGGCUGGCCAAGCCCCCAGCUGCUGCCAAAUCCAGCCCUUCCCUGGGCCCCUCCUCCUCUGCGGGGGGCAGUGGAGCUCCCACGGACCAGCAGGCCCUCCUGCGGCGGGGGAAGAGGCACCUGCAGGGGCCCGCCUUCAACAGCUUUGACUUCCAAGGCAGCAGGCCCACCACGGAGACGGAGUUCAUUGCCUGGGGGCCCACGGGGGAGGAGGAGGCCCCGGAAUCCAAUACAUUUCCAGGCGUUUAUGGCCCCACCACGGUCUCCAUCUUCCAAACACGGAAGACAGCUGUGGCCACUGCCACCGCCACCGCCACCACGGCCACCUCCGUGACACUGCAGACUCAGGGGCUCACGGAGCCCCUGGACCCCAGGAGUGGGAAACCGGUUGGGGUAAGCACAACGGAGCCUUCCACCAGCCCCAGCAGAGACAGUGGCAAAGUCAGCAAGCCCCCGCGGGUUCUGGGGGAGACCUCAGGUUUGGCGGUCCAUCAGAUCAUCACCAUCACCGUCUCCCUCAUCAUGGUCAUAGCUGCUCUGAUUACAACUCUUGUCUUAAAAAACUGCUGCGCCCAGAGCGGGAACCCUCGCAGGAACAGCCACCAGCGGAAGGCAAACCAUCAGGAGGAGAGCUGCCAGAACCUGACGGACUUCACGACCGCCCGGGUGCCCAGCAGCCUGGACAUCUUCACGGCCUAUAACGAAACCCUCCAGUGUUCACACGAGUGUGUCCGGGCGUCUGUGCCCGUGUACACCGACGAGACACUGCACCCAGCCGGGGAGUACAAAUCCACGUUUAACGGGAACCGACCCUCUUCUUCUGAUCGGCAUCUUAUUCCUGUGGCCUUUGUGUCUGAGAAAUGGUUUGAAAUCUCCUGCUGACUGGCCGAAGGCUUUUUUACCUCCUGGGGGCAGGGCAGACGCCAUGUGUCUGUUUUAUGGAUUCCGUUGGUGAACCUGUAAAAAAAAAAAAAAAAAAAAAUUACAAAUUACAAAAAAACACAAAACCUAAAACUAAACUAUCUAAGGGGAGUGUCCCCACACCUACCACUUCUGUUUGCCGGUGGGGAACUCACAGAGCAGGACGCUAUAGGCCAAAUAUAUUUUUAUAAAAAUGCCGACGCCUAUGGGGAACUGCCUUCUCCGAGAGCUUCUUUGGGGAACAGAAAGAAGAUGGUCCAAGAGAAAGAGCUGGAGACAGAGAAAGGGCAGGAGGACACACCGGAAGCUGGGAUUUGUACUGCGAUUUUGAACCUGUGCCAAUAAUACCAUUAUGUGCCAUGUACUGACCCGAGAGACUUGGUGACAAAGCCGACGCCAAGCAAACCGCGAGGAGAAAUCUUACAGAAAACAGGAACGGGCAUCUCUUCCGACAGAGCUGCUCUUUCUGGUUAAUCUCACCCGUGGAACUAGGAAACUCACAAACCAUGAACCUGAACCACAGGACAAGAAGGUCAAUGGUGAUGGCCACCCUGGCUCAUUUUCACAGCUGUUAAGUUGAAUGUUUUAGAACUUUAUUUUCCUCCCCUCCUCCCACUCAUGUAUAGAAACACUGGGUUUAUUUUGAUUUUCCUAAAUUAUUUUCUGAUACAAUAAACUGUUUACUGUUUAUUUAUACUUUUACAUGGAUCACUUGUUAUUUUUCCACAGAAAAACAGAAGUCUCUCUCUCUAAGUGUUAUACAUAUAUAUCUAUGCCUCAGCUGUCCUUAUAGACAUAUUUAUAUAUCAUCUUCCUGAAACAAAUUAUUGUAGUUUAUUGUUGUGUUUUUCUUUAAAUGCAUCUCAUAAUUAUGUUAAUAAACAGAAAUUACAUGAUAUAUUGGGGUGGGGGUUGGGGGGCUGGGUGUGACUUCCAUACAGGUGAACUUUUAUUCCAGAUUUUUUUAAGUUGUUUCUGUAUUUCAAGACUAUGUAAUUUGGAAAAUAUUGUCAAUGCAGCACCUAUAUCAACUUUGCUUUGUAUAUUUAGUACUCUGAUGUUGCUAUUAAAAAAAAAAAAACAUAAUAUGAAAAAAAAGAGACAAAAGAAUCA